AUGGUGACCCAGGAACCCGAUUAUCAUUUCAUUGGCACCCACACCCGCUAUUCUAGCUGGACUGCCCGGGUGGAGGCUGUCCUGGAAUACUUCCGGAUAGGGCACACCCGCGAGUUUGUGAAGCUUUCUGAUGUGAAAGCUGUCUCACCAACUGGAUUUGUCCCCCUCUUAAAAUGCCGUCCUCUCGGCAUUCUAAUCGGCGAUUCGCUGGCGAUUUGCGAAUUCCUCGCUGAAUCUCAUCCUGCGCUGGCCCUUUGGCCUCGAGACCGCCAGCUUAGAGCCAUUGCCCGUAGCGCCGCUGCUCAGAUGCAUUCCGGCUUCCCCGCGUUGCGAGGCACGUUCCACACAAACUUCCUCGCCCAGUAUACGGGUAAUAUCCCGAUUCCCGAGGAGGCGCAAAAAGAUAUCGAACGUGUCUUGGCUAUCUGGGAUGAGGCCCGGAAAACUACCCAGGAACGGCUUGCGAUGCUAGGAGAGGUCGACGAAGGGUUCCUGUUUGGAGAGUUUAGUAUUGCCGAUGCGUUUUUCUGGCCGGUGCUUUGGCGAUUCCGGACGUAUAACCUCCCCCUUGACACCGCGAGCCAAGACGCUCUGGCCUGGAUGGCAAAAAUGUGGAAUGAUCCGGUGUUCCGGGCGCUAGGCGAGAGAUACUAUCAGCAAGCUAAGGAUCCGGAGAGUCGUGUUGAGCAUUACGAUGAUAUCUUCCGCAAUAGGGGCGACGUGCAGUAUAGCCAGUUCCCCGAGGACUGGAGGUUUUCUGUGCCGGGAAAGUGA